AAGUGCUAUUUAUUACAUUCAUGUGAUAGAUUACAUCCUCUGACAUGAGGGUGUGCAAAUGAUGUAACUAAGUGUAAUAGUCUGCACUUUGCUUUAUGUCAAUGAGAAACGUCACAGUCUGGGGGAUUGUGUCACAUGUUAUUAGAUUUCCUAUAACACUAAUGAGGCGGAUACUAACAAAACUGAUUAAUCGAGUGCUUUUAGGCACAUUACCUUGUGAGAAGAUGUCCAGUAAAGUAAUAGGUAGCACUUCCAAGAGGAAACUGGUUGUUGGGCUCGGCAACCCUGGCAUGAAUAGCUCACGGCACAGCAUUGGCAUGGCUGUGAUCGCAGAGCUGGCACAACGUCUGGGAGUGAAUGAUCAGUGGAAAUCAGACAGGCAGGUAUCAGGUGAGGUCAUCGUUUCAGUCUACGAGGACACACAGCUUGUGCUUCUCCGGCCAAAACUGCUCAUGAAUGUGAAUGGAGUUAGUGUGGCAAAGGCAGCAAACAAAUUUUCUAUUAAGCCUGAGAACAUUGUCUUGGUCCAUGAUGAACUUGAUAAGCCACUUGGGAAGCUUGGCAUCAAACAUGGAGGCAGUGCAAGGGGUCACAAUGGUGUCCGAUCAUGUAUUGAUUGCCUUCAAUCUGACGUUAUGCCACGGCUACGAAUUGGUAUUGGUCGACCCUCAGGAAAGACCCCAGUGGACCGGCAUGUUCUGGGACGGUUUUCCAAAGAAGAGCAGAUCAUGUUAAGCUCUGUGAUGGAACAUAGUGUAGACAUCCUACUAGCACAGUUCACUGAACCGCAAGUCCAAAAAUCUCCAGCAGGGGGCAGAAGAGCAUCACGCAAUAGUAAAGAGAAGCCAUCUUCAGCAGCUCAGGACCCUGAUCAAGUGCAGAUCCCCACCUGACCUGAACUGUCAUAUUAACAAACUCAUAUCUGUUAAAUUCCAGUGAUGUCUCAGUGGUUAGGAAUCUGAGCUUUCUAAUGGAAAGUUAAAGGUUCACACCCUGGCUUUGGUAUACAGCCACUGCGUCUGCUUUAGGGGCUUCAUAUGGUGGAUGCUUAUGGCUGAUCCUACACUCCUGCAACAACAAUAAAGGGGUUGAUUUUAUUAUUGUAUAGUCAGUAUAAUAAUAUGUAUAUGUGUAAUAAUAACAACACAUUUUAAUAUGUAUAUUAUUAACACAUACAUACAAAUCAGCUGUUUCAUGUUUUUUGUUUAAAUUUUUUAUAGCUGAAAAACAAUAAGGCACUCAAGUGGCACAGCAGAGAUACAUGGUUCAAAUCUCAGCUGGUUGUUGGCCGGUUGUGUGUCUGCACAGACAUGACUGGUUAAUGUUCAUGGGGGUGGGGGGUAUUGUCAGUGCCCUCUCAAUGCAGGUCCCAAGCCUGGAUAAAAAUAGGAGAGUUGUGUCAGUAAGGGCAUCUGGUAAAAAAAAAAAGUCUGGUAUACGGGCCAGAUCUGCUGUGGUGACCCCUAAACACAGGAGCAGCCGAAAGAAAAUAAUCUUACUGUACCAUACAAGAUUUGACCACAUGAAGAUUACGCAAGAGAACAGUGAUUUCAGAAAUAAAAGAUUCAUAAAAAAAA